AUGUUAAUAGCAUUUUCCUGUUCAGGACUAAUAAGGGGCAUAGCUUCAUUAUUAGAACAAGCAACAUUAUGUAGCACUGCUGUUCCUACAAUUCCGAUAGUUAGGUCCUCCACUCAUUGGCUUUUUAGAGACGAUAGGUCCUCCGUUUAUGGAGGACCUAUCGCAAAUUUCACCAGUCGGCCUGAGGGGCUCCCCUUUGUCACCCGGCAAAAUUCUAGAGGGAUGACCCAGAUCGUGUUUUUUGCUAAAUUUGGGUACCGUAGUUCCGGGCUUUGCCGCGCCGAUUUGGUGGACUCACAGUCGCGCGGGUAUUCAGCCCGUAUACUUUCAAUCAAGACUACAGUGGAUAGGUCAUCUGCCGGGUAUUCACCAGUACAUAAAAGUGCUGUGAAUGAUAGCGAAGAAAAUUAUAUGCCUUGUCCUUUCUGCCUAGGUUUUUACACACGUAAGCUACUAUGGAAACAUAAAAGAACUUGUCCACUAAAUAAAGAUCCUUCAAAAACCGUUCCUUUAAGUGAAGGUCAAGACCUUAUGCUACCUAAGAAUAUAGCAAAUUCUUCAUUAAAGACUAUAGUCUUCCCACGGAUGUUGGCCGAUAAAAUUUCACUGACAGCAAAAAAAGAUGCUCUUAUAUGUGCCUUUGGAUCUAGGUACAUCAACACACACAGAGAGCAACAUCACGUUAACGUUUGCUCAAGAAAAAUGAGAGAACUUGCCAAGGUUUUGAUGGAAUGUCAAAAACUAGAUCCUGCAAUCAAAAACUUAUUUGACGUGCUUCAGCCACAGCACUUUGACAGUGUAGUACAAAGUGCCAAAGUUAUUGCCAGAUAUAACACGCAAACAGAUGUUUUCGAAUCUCCGACAUUUGCGAUGAACAUAAGCAGAUCUCUAAAAGACUGUUGUGAUAUGGCAGUUUUACAUAUUUUCAAAAAAAAAUGUAAUUAUUUGACAAUUUCUACCUCACAAGCAGAAGCAAAUAUCGGGGUGUUCCGACAAUUAUUGGAGAAUAAAUCAUGCUGGAAGGGACUUGAAUACGAAGACAUGGAACAAAGUGACACUGGUCCCACUAGCUGCAGACUUGAAGUUGUUCAGAAACUAUCUAAUAGAGAAGGGAAAUACAGCUGCUCGACGAUUGCAACAAACUAA